AUGAUGUCUUCCCCUUCUUAUGAGUCGGAUCAGGCCCAGAACGAGAGUUCUGGCGGGUAUAUAUCUAUGGAAGAUGCGCCGGCAGGCCCCAGCUCUGCCAGGGAUGGCGUCUCGGAUGGAACUCCGUCACCAGGGACAGAUCACCGCUUUCAAAGGAGGCACAGGAAGCAGGCAGCCAGUACAUUUCGACUAGAGUCUCCGAUAGGGCUAUCGAAUGAGAGAUCUGAUAGCCGGUCUAAUCUACCUCGGCAAAGUUCUCCCUGGAGAAGCGUCAGUCGUCGAGGCAAAGAACCAGUUCGGCAUCAGAGUGAUGAGAGCCAGCUGGUUAUCCCCAAACGGAACUCUCAGCAGCGCCGUCAGCUUCAUGCAUCAAAACCAUCUAUUGGAAGCUCUCCACUCUCAAAUGUCGUCUCGCAUGAAGAGACUGACCCGAAUGAUACGCCUUAUACCCAGGGAAGCUCUACACACGCGCACCCUCGUACUACAUCGUCAGUAGGGCUAGAUACGGAUUCUGCGCAGAUAGUAAACCUUGCGCUGAGCUUGAGCGACUCGCGGAGGCGGAGUUCCUUGGUCCGUACUACUUCUGGUGGAGUUCAACGCCCGAGGCUAUCAUCUUCGGUAGUCCUUUCACGGCCCCAGGGCUUACCUUCGCCGAAACAACUUGAGAUCGAGACUCCCUCGCGUGGGCCGCCAACGCCUCAGGAGACUGUUAACCUAAGAUAUGGCGCCACACACUAUGGGGAAGUACAAUUCUCUGAAGCCACCCUUGCAAGAGCUGAGAAGGCCAAACAACACUUUGAGCUAUUUGAGAACUAUUUGCGUCUCCUCCCUUAUCUACCACCACUUCCAGUUCGUGAAGAAACUGCAACAAGGCUUCAUGAUACCCGUGAUAGCCAAAAUGAUGCAUCAGGUGGCCGGAAAUAUAAUCCUUUGCAGUAUCUGCGCAACAGGAAAGUUAGAUACAGAGAAAGGCAGGCAAUCGAUUCAGAAGCGGCAGGGUGGGGAGAUGUUGAAAAGGUCGCAGCAUGGGUCGAUACUGUUGCUGAAUCUCCAAACUUACACCAACGCAAGCCGGACGAACAUAUUAAUCUACCGCCUUUUAACCUUACUGCUGCCCAGGCCAAUACAGAAGACAAACCUGACCAGCAUUUAUUGCCUACCAAAACCAAAUCCGGGGACGUUGUCAGACGCCGCCCACGCAUGGAUUGGAUAACAACACCUCUAGACCUCCUAGCAGAUGCGGUGUGGUAUGAGCAGGAUGAGAAUAAAGCCAAGGCUGAAGAUCGUAAUGGAAACAAGCUGUUCCCAGGUGGAAUUAAAGCCGCACCAAAGCCUGAGUCGUCCCCAAGUGAUCUUGGCCUCCCUGGAACCCACGAGGAGCAACGUCAAGAUGCGCGUUCUGAGCCUGAAGUAGAGCAAAUGGAACGCCUGCCUACUUUUACACCGCUUGGACACGGAAGCCAGCAAAGCUCUGAAAGGGGGCGUCUACGGCACCGAUUAGCCCAGUCAAUUAAUUUUACGCCCAACCAUAGCAGUUCAAGAAACCAAAGCAAAUCUCCUGUUAAAAAACGGCAUAGGAGGUCUUCCUGGUCUUCAGACCGUUCUCAUGACAGUAACAAGGAUGGAAGCUGGGGGAAACGCCUUUCUGUAUUGGACGGGAGGAAUGGAAUAUCUAACGAUAAGUCGAGACCUAAACAGAGCAUUCCCCAAAAGGGUAAAAGGCCGGUCACCCCAAAUAGGGCGGCCUCGGACUCUGAAAAUACACCCGGGCAUGACUCGACACAACCAAAUACCCCGAACUCCACACUUCUACCGCCCUUAAACAUAGAUUUGAGUCCGCAUGCGUCGCCACGCCUAAGUUAUGCUGCCUCUAAUUCGUCUUUGGUCAGUGAUGGGGGCAUAGCCGGAUCCAAGGGAACCCCAACCCAUGAUGACAACAAUCCUUUUAGUACGCCUGCACAGAAAGGGCUUUUCCCGAGCAUGGCCAUAAACCUCUCUCCGCUGCGCGGCCGAUCUACGUCUCCAGGCCGCCGGCAUCCAUUCUACCUAGGCCACUCAAGGAAAUCUAGUAGGCAAAAACAGGGGCCAUCUCCAGACACCCCAGAAUCUGCUGCUGAGCCAAGCAGCUCGCUGUCUCAUCGCUAUACACACACCAGCUUCUCUCCCCCGACUUCACCUUUCACUCCUGAAGACCAGAAGCAUCCAGGCAUCCGAAGAUCAGACAGCUCGCCUGCGAAAUAUUCUCGGAAUGCUAACCAACAGGAAUGGAAGAGGAUUCUCAAGGGAGGGCGGAUUGCUGAACUUGUUGGGAACGAAGUAUCGAGGGUGGGAGAUCUAAUACGGAAGAGAGAACAUCUCGGCCAUUCAAGACAGUCGUCCGCGUCUAGCUUAUCUGAAUACAUCGACGCAGAGGUGGUGCCAAGUGAUACAAAGUUGACUACAGGAGGCGAUCUCUUCCGUGACGCAAGCCAAAGGGUGGACUCCGACGACUAUGCAUCACAGCGAACGCGUCUCCCAGUUUUCACCUCCAUCUCACAGAGUGACGCCGGUGACCCCAUAGACCUAUACAGAGGGGCCUCGAAUAAGGAAAAUCUUCCCGUUGGUGAUGAGCUUUUCACAGACGUCAGUAGCUCUGAUGUCACUAAGGAGGAACCUCAUCAUAGUCGCUCGACAGCCUGGGAUUCAUCCACGCAGACGAGGCUUGGCAAUAUAACGCGUAAUUGGAGUAUUUCCACUCGACAUAUUCCUCACUCCGGUCGUAUCGGCAAACGAGAUAUUUCCCGCGUUCGUACUCACCUUUUGUCAUCAGGCAUUAAAGCUGUCGAAAUCUGCCGUUAUGCCGAGAGAUCUCCGACAUCCUGUGUUGAUUCUUGGUUGAAGGCACCGAUUAAUUAUAAUAGCAUCGCACCGUAUAUAGCAAGCUCGGAGGCAUCCGCACUCGCUACCAGGAAAUCUAUCAUGGCGUUCCAUGAGCGCACAUCUGCCUACAACCUUUUAAUCAGAGACUUUGUGGACUUGAAAGCUCCGCCAAUGAAAGCUGAAAUCCGACGCCUUGAGAACCUGGUUUCCUCUACGCUUACUCCGCGCAUUCGAGAACUGGCAACCCAAGCUGAGAGCCUAACAAGUGAUUUGGGAACAGCAAGCACCCUGCCUGUUAAGCAACUUGAAAACAUAUUAAAUAAAGGCUUAAGAAAACGCAGUCGACGAAUCCGCUCCAUCGUGAAGUUGUUGUCUGCAGUUUUUGAAUGGCUACUCAUGGGCCUUUUCUGGAUUGUGUGGAUAAGUGUCAUGCUCUGGAAAAUUAUUCGAUUCAUUGGGCUUGGUGCAUUCAAAGGAAUCCGCUGGGUUCUCUGGCUUUAA